AAAAUGAUUCGCUUCAGCGGUUUUCUUAUGUUAAACGGGUGGAAUUUAUCGUUACCGGCAGUUUUAGGUUGUUAGAGGGCCGAAAGAGCCGUUUAAUGUGGGAAAUGUUUAAGGAUUUAAUGUUUGAGGCUAAUUUGAGGGAAAACAUGGAGGCUACACACAGGCGAGGCCCUGAAGGCAGAUUCCCUACAUUAAAGAAGUUGCAAGCUUAUUUACAAAAUAAAAUUUUAGUGUCCAGCAUUACAAUGGACGGAGACAGCGGGACCACGGACGCUACUCAGUUAGGAAUAGCAGGAGAGUUUAUGACUGGAGGGACAUAUGUCUUACAGACACAGGAUGAUGACGGAGAUGAAAGUUUCAAUGAUCAUGACGAUGGAAACGGAGGCAAAGACCACUUCAGAGAGCAAGACAUUUACCUCCCUAUUGCCAAUGUGGCUCGCAUCAUGAAGAAUGCCAUCCCGCAAACUGGAAAGAUUGCAAAAGAUGCAAAGGAAUGCGUGCAGGAGUGUGUGAGCGAGUUUAUCAGCUUUAUCACGUCUGAAGCCAGCGAACGAUGCCAUCAAGAGAAGCGCAAGACCAUAAAUGGAGAGGACAUCCUGUUUGCAAUGUCCACGCUGGGGUUUGAUAUGUAUGUGGAGCCCCUUAAACUCUAUCUACAGAAGUUCAGAGAGGCGAUGAAGGGUGAAAAGGGCAUCACUUCAGUAACAGGCGCAGAGGGCCUUGGAGAAGAGCUCACGGAGGAUAGUUUCACUGGUCAGCUACCAGCAGGAUUGAUCACUGCAGAUGGCCAGCAGCAGAAUGUGAUGGUGUACACCACCUCCUACCAGCAGAUCCCUGGUGUUCAACAGAUACAAUUCACAUGACUUAAAGAGUGGACCUUGUCCAUUGGCCUGUCCAGAUACAAACUAAUCUCAUUUGCAAAGUUUUCAGGUCAGUGCUGGAAGACCAAGAGGUGCCUGGUUACCAUAGCAGGGGGAAAAGUGCCUGUUGCCAGAGUUCCUGAUUUGUACAUUCAUGUUAGACAUGUCUUUGUAAUUUUAUUCAGUAUUAUAUUCAGGCCAAUUUGUAUUCGUAGGUUUGCUGAAUGUCAUUUGGUGCAGGCCACACUAAAUUAUGAGUCAUUAUUUGUUCCUUGUAUUUAAUCAUUUUUAGAGUUUGGGAAGGGGCAGUGGGAAAACAUGAAGGCCAGAUGGACAAUUUACAUCUUUGACGUUGAGAAUUACGGAUAUUCUCAAAUAAUGUCUGGUUGAAACACGUCUUUAUGAACCUCAUGUGAUUUGUCAUUAAAAUGCUGAAUCUUUUUUUAAUAAACAUGUUUUGAUGUUGUGACAGAUUUUUAAAACAUGACAGUAGAUCUUGUUUUCGUAAACACACUGAAGAAUUUUAAGAAAUGUUUAAAUACAGUUAUGAUCAAAAGUACACUUCGCAGAUUCUGGAAAAUGCAGAAGAUUUUUGUAAAAAGAGGAAUUUAGAAAAUUAAGGUUUGUUUUUAAUUUAAUUCUGCCCAAAACAAAGAAACAGUCAUUGAUUAUGUAGGUAACAUAGUGCAGUCUCAAAAAUCAGGUGUAUGUAAACUUUUGAACUGGUUUUUUUUUUUUCAAGGAAAUUCUGUGUUACAACAAUUUUUUUUUUUUUACAUUUCCUAGAUUCUGCAAGGUAUAUGGAAACUUGAUCGCAAUUUUAUUUUUACAUGCUAUCAUUGAUUUUAACAAUGUUUUUAUUUAAACCGUGUUUUACUAAGCAAAUUCAGGCAAACGGAUAAAAAGUGAUGAACACAAAAUGUGAUAAACACACUGUAUUUGAGCAAAACAUUAUGGAACAAACAUAUAAAAAUAAAAAAUGACAACUUCGAACUGGG